CUUUUAUCCCGCUGCCGCCUUUUCUCCUUCAUCGUCCACGACAACCUCUUCGUCCCUCCCUUUCGCACGCCCGAUAUAGCAGACUCGCCCGCAACCAAGCACGCUACCCCUGUCUGCCGCGCAUCUCCAGCCAAUCUGCCGGCCUCCCCCGCUCUAGCUCCGACCGGAAUUCUACACCCCGCGCACCCCCCUUUCGCCCGCCUGCUAUCAUCCGCCACUCAGUUGGCUCUGCACCCCAAAGGCCUUCCCCGCCUGUCUCGAACCGAACCGCUACAAUGGGUAACGGAGCCAAGGCACAGCAGAAGCGUGAUCGCAACCAGAAGGACACCAAGGUUGCCAAGUCGCAGAUCAAAGUCAACCAGCAAGCCAUGACCAUCCAGUGUCAAAUCUGCAAGGCGACGUUCCUUCAGACCACCAAGGCCCCCGCUCUCCUCGAGCACGCCUCCAACAAGCACAACAAGGGCCUCGCCGACUGCUUCCCGGGCUCCGGCUAGUCGAGUCCCGCCGCUUCGAUGCGAUUAUGCGAUGCGACGAGACUGUUUCUUGAUAUUACAUGAAGGGUUUGGCAUGGCUCAAGGAGUUUUGAUGGAAAGCGAAAAAGAAGAGAUAUAACGGGCACUGACUUUUGAUCGUGGGGUUGCGAUGAGAGGGUAGGAUGUAGCACGGCGUAGGAAGGUGUAGACAUUGGUGCUGCUGUGAUGGUCCGUGGUGAUGAACUUUUCGCGUCCUUAACUUAUACACUUUGAUGACUGCAUCUAACCUCUUCCUCUACUCAUGUUCCGCCACCAAGCCGCCGCGCCGCCGCAGUUUCAUCCCCCCCCCCCCCCCUGCCUUGAGCGCCCUCAAUGAGCCUCCACCACCGGCUGCGGCAGCUUCGUCGACGCCGACGGCUCCUGGUGCU